UCUAUUUAAAACUCUCCCAUCUUGACCAAAGCCCCUCAAAACUAGCCGUUACUCUCUCUCUCUCUCUCUCUCUCUCUCUCGGUAGUUUCAGCGGAAUCAUCUGCUGCUUGCUCCAGAACAAGUUUAGUUCGACAACUUAGAUUGCUACUCUUCAAAAUAAAAGCCCAACAAAGCUCACUUAAAGUCUUCUCUCAUCUUCAUCGGGUUUUAAUCUGAGGAAUCUCAAUGAGCUGCAUUAGUUCAUCUCCCCGCUUUAGCCCUUCUUCAGAUAAGCGCUUCUGGAGCGCUCUCCAUAGCCGGAUCGACACCCUUCUCGAGAAUCGCAAGCCUAUCCCAACUCAACCGAGUUCUGGGGAAAUUGAUGGGGCAAAGACCAUGAGGGUAGACUCGUUGCUUUUGCUUAGAGGGUUUGACUCUGUUGGCUAUUCUCUCUCUCAGCUUUCUCAAAACCUGGACAAUGCUCUUCAGGGAGCAAGAGAUCUGGCCAGACCACCAACAAUGACUGAAAUAUAUCAAAGCGCAAUGGAGAGGGCCGAAAGCAAACAAGAAGAAGAGAAUGAUGAAGGAAAGAGAGGAUUGAAGAGGAAGUCUGAAGCUCAAACAUGUACGGAGGAAGAAUUUGAUUCAAAAGAAGAGGGGAAGCUCAAGAAGGCCAAAAAUCUUGCAAUUUCCAUGGCAGCAAAAGCAACCUCACUUGCAAGAGAACUGAAAUCAAUGAAAUCGGACUUGUGUUUUAUGCAAGAAAGAUGUGCUUUCCUUGAGGAGGAGAAUACGAAACUCCGCGAUGGAUUUUCUGAAGGGAUUAGACCUGAGGAAGAUGAUCUGGUGAGGCUUCAAUUAGAGGCCCUGCUAGCUGAGAAAUCCAGAUUAGCAAAUGAGAAUGCAAAUCUAACUAGGGAGAACCAGUGCCUUCAUCAAAUAGUGGAAUACCACCAACUCCUCACUUCCCAGGAUUUAUCAGAAUCCUAUUCCGAGGAUUUAAUACGCGGAUUGUGUUUGGACUUCUCUUCCCCGCCACCACCAAUACCAGAAGAGGAGUAUAGAGAUGGAAAUGAGCAUGAAGAUGGUAACCAAGUUACAAGGACACCACAAACAGAUCGUUUCGGGUGGUGCACUUCUCUUGAUGAAGUGCAAGAAGAUUGCUGAAGGUGCAAUUUUGAGCUUGGUGGUGGUUUUCACUAUCCAAUUGAAGUUGGGUUUAGUGUCAGGUGGAAAAUUUUGAUUUCAAAAGAUCAAGUACCUGUCACAAUGCCAAAGGAAUCAUAAUUAUCCAUUCUCUAUCUAGUUAGUCAUUUCUCGAUUUGUUGUACCCUUCAUAUAUAGUAUUUGACAAGGUAAUGUUAAGUGAUGUAGAUUUCAAAGUUCUAUUUCGCGACUUUCG